CUGACGCGCUACGUCAGGACGAGUGAAGAUGGCGGACGUGUUGAGUAUUCUCCGUCUGUAUAACAUCCAGAAAAAAGAAAUCGUCGCUGAAGGAGAUGAAGUUAUAUUUGGAGAGUUCUCCUGGUCGAAGAAUGUGAAGACCAACUACAUAAUCCGGUGUACUGGCAAAGAAGGGCAACCCAAAGAGUACUAUACUUUGGACUCUGUCUUGUUUUUUCUCAACAAUGUGCAUCUUCCGCAUCCAUGCUACGUGCGAAAAGCUGCAACCGAGAACAUCCCGGCUGUCAGACGACUCGAUCGAAAAGGCUUACUGUCGUAUCUCAAUGGGGAGAGUUCUCCAUUGACAAGUAUCGACAGAAGUGCCCCUAUAGAAAUAGGUUUGCAAAGGCCAACACAAGUGAAAAGGGCAGCGGAUGAGGUAUCUUCUGGAGCCAAAAAACCCAGGAUUGAGGAUGAGGAACGAGACAAGACACGUCUGGACAAGGAGCGACUGGCUGCCCGCCUGGAGGGUCACAAAGAGGGCAUCGUGCAGACUGACCAGAUCAGGUCACUGUCUGAGGCCAUGUCGGUGGAGAAAAUCGCAGCCAUUAAAGCAAAGAUUAUGGCGAAAAAACAAUCCACCAUCAAAACGGAUCUGGAUGAUGACAUAACCCUGAAGCAGAGAAGCUUCGUGGACGCUGAGGUGGAUGUCACUAGAGAUAUCGUCAGCAGAGAGAGAGUUUGGAGGACCAGGACAACCAUCCUCCAGAGCACUGGGAAGGAUGAGGAACGAGAGCGAUUGGCUUCCCACCUGGAGCGCCACAAAGAGGGCAUCGUGCCGACCGACCCGAUCAGCGAUAAUGGACUUGUCCCGGCUGUGAACACAUAAUGGACUUUCUGUAUGAGGCAAUUAUCUUUCCAGAGUUCAUUUUGACGGGCACAAAUGAAGCAAACAGGAUUAGAUUCCUUUUCUGUCAAUGCUGAUGUUUCGGUGAUCUCUUAAGAGACAAUACAUUUUCUGUGAAUAUGGCUGUUACUGAAAAAUUGUCCCCAGCUCCCUUUUGAAAUGUUGUUUUCAUCUUAAUAAGGAAGGUGUAACAUUUGGAGCCCAAACUGGCAUCCAUCAGUAAUAAAACAUUUUGAAGAGACAAUUUUUAAGUAAACAAGAGCAGGCCUACAUAUGCUUUUUGCAAAAUCAAAGACCAAAAGGAAAUAAGCAUUGAUUGUGCGUAUUUCUUUUUGGCUUUGACCUUGAAGCUUUGAGUGUCAUUCGUAACCUAUCCCUUGAUCUGAUCUAGUUAAGUAAUUGCUCUGUCUCUUAUUCGUGACGUUAGCGCACAAAAGAAUGUUUCACGGUCUACUAGUUUGUCUCACUCGGCAUGUAGAGUCCCCUAAAACAGCACUAACCCAAAUAAUGUUUGUCAUUUACUAUUCCGAUUUACGUAUUUAAAUCCUGUAACUUACAAGUCAAUUGACAACGUUCUCAGCUGGGUGGACAACACUGGAAAUGCUUUCUACAUUUAUAUUCCGAUAAUUUUGAAAGAGUUUAAAAUUGAUGGUUCUUAGUGAGACGGCAUGCAUUGUACACUAACUUCUGCCCUAAUAUAGCGAUAUGUUGGCAGAUUUAAUAAGAGGAAUAACGUAAGCGUCCAUGUUUGAGGCUUAGUGAAAACAUAUGUUUACUUUAUGAGGACUUGCAGUGGUUCCUUGUAUGAUUUUAGAAGGUUGUAUGUAACAUUUUGAAUUUGAAAACCUGUCCCUGGGACUUAUGUAGCAUUGUUAUAACUUAUGAACAUAUGUAGUGUGAAAUACGGGAAGUGAAACAAAGCACCUUAAGUCAAAUAACUAAUGUAUUCUAUUGACUGCGAAAAGUAGUUUAAGUUACUUAAACUGAAAAUGUUUCUUAUAGUAAUAUUCAUGUCACAACUCUUGCCUUUUUGGCCUUUAGGAACCCUUUUUGUUAUUUACAUUUUAUUUUCCCCAUUGACAGUUUUAUUUUUUUAACUGAGUUGUCUGUUUGCACUUUGUCGACUGUAUCCUAUAAAAGAAUAUCAUUGUUGCUCUUAAA